UCCCCGAGAGUAUCUCUAGUGCGAUAGAUAAGCUCCGUCAGAAGCCUGUGAAGUCGCCACUGCCUUGUCGCCGUCUCGAGUUCGGCAGAAGACUGAGCAAUUUCCUCGUCCAGCAUGGUCAUCAGAACUGGCCCGGUCAGUUCGAGGACGGGCAAAU